AAUUUUUAAUUAGAGCAUUUGAAAAGAAGAAAAGAGAGAAAGAAAAUGGGAAGAGGGAAAAUAGAAAUAAAAAGAAUAGAGAACUCAAGCAAUAGACAAGUUACAUAUUCAAAGAGAAGAAAUGGUAUCAUCAAAAAAGCCAAAGAAAUUACUGUUCUUUGCGAUGCUCAAGUUUCUCUUGUCAUUUUUGCUAGCUCUGGAAAAAUGCAUGAAUAUUGCAGCCCUUCUACACCUUUGGUUGAUAUCUUGGAUAAGUAUCACAAGCAAUCUGGGAAGAGGCUGUGGGAUGCUAAGCAUGAGAAUCUGAGCAAUGAAAUGGAUAGAGUUAAGAAAGAGAAUGACAACAUGCAGAUUGAGCUAAGGCAUUUGAGAGGAGAAGAUAUAACGUCUUUGAACUACAAGGAGUUAAUGGCUCUCGAAGAAGCUCUUGAAAAUGGCCUCACCGGUGUUCGUGAGAAGCAGUCGGAAUUCAUGAAAAUGAUGAGAACAAAUUACCAAAAGGAGAUGGUUGCAAUGGGAGAUAGUGUGAGAGAAAUGGAUAUUGGAUAUAAUCAAAGAAUGAGAGAUUUCAAUUCUCAAAUGCCUUUUGCUUUCAGAGUUCAGCCUAUUCAGCCAAAUCUACAAGAAAGGGAAUAAUUAAUCAUAUUUUAUAUCUAUUUCUCUCUUUAUGUUUAUGCUAUUGGGAGUCUUAAAACUUUUUUUAAUAUAAUCUCUAGACUUUUAAAUUAUGUGUACAAACUUUGGGUUAUGUGUGUUAUGUUAUUAUGUACUGUUAUGAUGAGAACUUCAAUCACUGUUAAGCUAAUGUUAUGUAGUUUUAAUAUAUACUAUAUUUUGUGUGAUGUGAACGAAA